AUGAUCGGGCCGUCCCAUGCUGUGGUGGCCCUGGGUCUCUUCACAUUAUACGGUUGUUCUGCAGCGGCUCCCGCAGUUGGGGCUUCAAAUUCACAGGCAAUCGUUGCGAAUGGCACUGCUUUCUCGUUGAACGGCGACAAUGUCUCAUAUCGGUUCCAUGUUAACAGCACCACCGGAGACUUGAUCUCUGAUCACUUCGGUGGUGUCGUCACCGGCACAAUCCCAUCGCCAGUGGAACCCGCUGUCAAUGGCUGGGUUGGCAUGCCUGGUCGAAUCCGUCGGGAGUUCCCUGACCAAGGCCGUGGUGAUUUUCGCAUUCCCGCCGUUCGUAUCCGAGAAUCGGCAGGUUAUACUAUUAGCGAUCUCCAAUAUGUGUCGCACGAGGUGAUUGCGGGUAAGAAUGCUUUGCCUGGCCUGCCAGCCACAUUUGGAGAUGCACAAGAUGCUACGACUUUGGUAGUCCAUCUCUAUGACAACUAUAGCUCCGUCGCCGCCGACUUGUCAUACUCCAUUUUUCCGAAAUAUGAUGCCAUCGUGAGGAGUGUCAAUGUGACUAACCAGGGCCCGGGUAAUAUCACCAUCGAGGCCCUUGCAAGUAUAAGCAUCGAUUUCCCGUACGAAGACCUUGACUUGGUCAGCCUCCGUGGUGACUGGGCCAGAGAGGCCAAUGUUCAGAGAAGCAAAGUGCAGUAUGGCAUUCAGGGGUUCGGAAGCAGUACUGGAUAUUCCUCUCACCUUCACAAUCCCUUUUUUGCCAUAGUAGAUCCAGCUACUACCGAAUCGCAAGGCGAGGCAUGGGGCUUUAACCUUAUCUAUACGGGCUCUUUCUCGGCCCAAGUAGAGAAAGGAUCGCAAGGUUUCACCCGGGCACUGUUGGGCUUCAACCCAGAUCAAUUAUCAUGGAACCUUGGUCCUGGCGAGACCCUAACCUCCCCGGAGUGUGUUGCAGUAUACUCGGACCAAGGACUCGGUUCAGUGUCUCGAAAAUUCCACCGACUAUAUCGAAACCACCUCAUGAAGAGCAAGUUCGCCACUUCCGACCGUCCCGUUCUCCUGAAUAGCUGGGAAGGUGUUUAUUUCGACUACAACCAAAGCAGCAUUGAGACUCUUGCCGAGGAAUCCGCUGCCCUGGGUGUCCACCUCUUUGUCAUGGACGACGGCUGGUUUGGGGACAAGUACCCUCGCGUGUCCGAUGAUGCCGGGCUGGGCGACUGGAUGCCCAAUCCAGCACGCUUCCCAGACGGGUUGACCCCAGUUGUGCAAGACAUCACGAACAUGACCGUCAAUGGAACAGACUCCACAAAACUCCGCUUUGGAAUUUGGGUGGAGCCCGAGAUGGUCAACCCCAAUUCCACUCUCUACCACGAACAUCCGGACUGGGCCCUUCAUGCCGGGCCUUACCCCCGUACCGAGCGUCGGAACCAGCUUGUUCUCAACCUGGCGCUCCCGGCUGUACAGGAUUUCAUAAUAGACUUCAUGACCAAUCUUCUGCAAACUCCAGGCAUCUCCUAUGUGAAAUGGGACAACAACCGGGGAAUCCACGAGACUCCGUCCCCGUCCACCGACCACCAGUACAUGCUUGGACUCUACCGGGUGUUUGACACGCUCACUACCCGCUUCCCAGAUGUCCUCUGGGAAGGAUGCGCCUCGGGUGGUGGUCGCUUUGAUGCCGGUGUGUUGCAGUAUUUCCCCCAGAUCUGGACCUCCGACAACACCGACGCGAUCGAUCGCAUCACCAUUCAAUUCGGGACCUCACUUGCAUACCCGCCAUCGGCAAUGGGAGCCCACCUCUCCGCGGUUCCUAAUGCACAAACCGGUCGCACUGUGCCCAUGACUUUCCGUGCCCACGUUGCUAUGAUGGGUGGCUCUUUCGGCUUGGAGCUCGACCCCGCAACGGUGGAAGGUGACGCCAUAGUCCCCGAGCUCCUUGCACUGGCAGAGAAAGUGAACCCCAUCGUCUUGAACGGAGAUCUGUACCGGUUACGCCUGCCUCAAGACUCCCAGUGGCCUGCCGCACUUUUCGUGUCCGAGGAUGGCGCCCAAGCUGUUCUGUUUUACUUCCAGGUCCAGCCAAAUGUCAACCAUGCCGUGCCGUGGGUUAGGCUGCAGGGGCUGGACCCUGAGGCGCAGUAUACUGUUGAUGGUGACCAGACUUACUCCGGUGCAACGCUGAUGAAUAUUGGGUUGCAGUAUAGCUUUGAUACGGAGUAUGGUAGCAAGGUGGUUUUCCUGGAGAGACAAUGA